AUGACAUCUAGAAGAGUGCAGGUGCUCCUGAUUCUUGCAAUUCUGUCCUUCCUUCUGAUCCACUUCUACUUCCUACACUGCAGCAACAAUGCCCCUGUGGAAGAAAAACCUUCUCCAGUCCACAUCCUCAUUCUCUCCUCCUGGCGGUCGGGAUCUUCUUUUGUCGGUCAACUUUUCAGCCAGCACCCCAGCGUCUUCUACCUGAUGGAGCCCGCAUGGCACGUGUGGGUUACGAUGUACCAGAACAGUGCCAAGGUCUUGCACAUGGCAGUGCGGGACCUAGUCAGGUCGGUCUUUCUGUGUGACAUGUCUGUAUUUGAUGCUUACAUGUCUAGCCAGAAGAAAAAGUCUGAUUUAUUUCAGUGGGAAACAAGCCGAGCCUUGUGCUCACCCCCUGCCUGUGACUUAUUCAGUCGCAGUGACAUAAUCACUGCAGGCAACUGCAGAACAAUCUGUGGCAAGUACCCAUUCAGCAAGGUGGAGGAAGCUUGUAAAACCUACAGCCACGUUGCCAUCAAGGAGGUUCGGUUCUUUGACCUGAAAGUUCUCUACCCCCUUCUCACUGAUCCGUCCCUGAACCUCAAAAUCAUUCACUUGGUACGUGAUCCUCGGGCUGUGUUCAGGUCCCGAGAGAAUAUAAUGUCAGAGCUGAAACGUGACAGUGACAUUGUUGUGGGGUCCCAGGGGACUAAGGGGAAAAUGGGGACCUAUAACACAAUGCAAGUAAUCUGCAAAAGCCAUGUUGACAUUUACAAGGCAGGCAGGCAGGCCAUUCCCAGCUUCCUGAAAGACCGCUACCUCCUGGUUCGCUAUGAAGACAUUGUCAGAGACCCACUGGCGAGGGCUGCUCAGAUGUACAGGUUUGCAGAACUCCAUUUCACACCAGAACUUCAGAAGUGGGUGCACAACAUCACCCAUGGGAAGGGGCAAGGUGCACAGGCCUUUGAUAUUGGGUCCAGAGAUGCACUGAGUGUAUCCCAGGCCUGGAGGAAGACCAUUCCCUUCCAGAAAAUAGAAAAAGUGCAGUAUGUGUGCAAGGAUGCAAUGGACUUGCUGGGCUACCGGCUUGUUCAGUCUGAAGAAGAGCAAAAAAAUAUGUCGCUGGAUCUUUUGUUUUCCCAGAACUCCUCUGAGUAACAGAUUCUGAAGGCAGAAAAGCUGCUCUCUGUACCCACUCUCUGA